AUGCUCUCUGUCUCUCUCCUUCAGCCGAACUGCUUUGGAUACCCCUUGAGCAUCUUCUUCAUCAUCAUUAAUGAGUUCUGUGAGCGGUUCUCCUACUAUGGCAUGAAAGCGGUGCUUGUUUUGUACUUCAAAUAUUUCCUGAAAUGGGAUAACAACUUCUCUACAGCCAUCUACCACACAUUCCUUGCUCUGUGCUACUUGACACCGAUCCUCGGAGCGCUCAUUGCAGACUCUUGGCUGGGAAAGUUUAAAACCAUUGUCUGCCUGUCCAUUGUCUAUGCGAUUGGGCAGGCGGUCACAGCUGUGAGCUCCAUAAACGACCUGACAGAUUACAACCGGGAUGGCUCUCCUGAUAAUCUAACGCUGCAUAUCGCUCUGUCCAUGACUGGCUUGAUCCUCAUUGCCCUUGGUACGGGUGGGAUCAAACCUUGUGUGUCAGCGUUUGGUGGAGAUCAAUUUGAAGAAGAUCAGGAAAAACAAAGAAGGAGAUUCUUCUCUAUAUUUUAUUUGUCUAUUAAUGCUGGAAGUCUCCUGUCUACUAUAAUCACCCCGAUUUUCAGAGCUCAGGAGUGUGGCAUCCAUAGCAAACAGCAAUGCUACCCACUGGCUUUCGGAGUUCCUGCUGCCCUCAUGGGAGUUGCCCUGGUUGUGUUCGUAGUUGGAAGUGGAAUGUACAAGAAAGUUGAACCUCAAGGCAAUGUAAUGAUUCAAGUUUCCAAAUGUAUUGGAUUUGCCAUCAAAAACCGGUUUCGGCAUCGCAGCAAGGUGUUCCCUAAGAGAGAACACUGGUUAGACUGGGCGAGUGAGAAGUAUGAUAAACGACUGAUUACUCAGACUAAGAUGGUGUUGAAAGUACUUUUCCUUUACAUCCCCCUUCCCAUGUUCUGGGCACUCUUUGACCAGCAGGGGUCAAGAUGGACACUGCAAGCCACAACAAUGGAUGGGAAUUUUGGAACUAUUCGUAUUCAGCCAGACCAAAUGCAGACUGUGAAUCCGAUCCUGAUCAUUAUAAUGGUCCCAGUUGUAGAUGCUGUGAUUUAUCCUUUAAUCAGGAAAUGUAGGAUCAAUUUUACGCCCCUGAGGAAGAUGACUGUGGGCAUGUUCCUUGCGUCUAUGGCUUUUGUUGCUGCUGCCCUUGUGCAAGUGCAGAUAGAUAAAACUAUUCCAGUCUUCCCUGCAGGUAGCCAAUCCCAAAUCAAAAUAAUAAAUCUAGGUGCUCAUAGUGCAACAGUUCAGUUUGGAUCUCAACUUGAGAAUGUGACAGUACAACCUAUGAAGUGGACUGACUACAUGACAUUUGAGUACUCUCAGCUGAAAUCAGUAAACGUAACUUCUGGAGGUCAAACAACAGAAGCAGUUUUUAGCUUUGCAAAGGGAAACCGUCACACUCUUGAAGUUAAAAAAACUGAGACUGACCUUGUUGCUGAAUGGCUGUUUGACAAUGUCACCUCAAAACCAGAACAAGGAAAGAAUCUCAUCAGGUUCAUAAACAAUUUGCCUGAUCCUAUCAACGUCACUAUGGGUGACACUUCUUUUGGAGAACUGAUGUCUCUUUCUAACACUAAUUAUACCACCUUUGCAGGAGGAAGAAAAGAUACAAUUACAGCCACUAGAAAUUCAGUUACUUGUUCAGCUCCUGCACAGGCAUUUGGAUUUGGCAGUGCCUAUACUAUUGUAAUUAAUGAGUGUACUGCAGAAACUCUUACUGUAGAAUAUUCUCAAGAUAUCCCACCCAAUACAGUCCAUAUGGCUUGGCAGAUUCCUCAGUAUUUUAUUCUUACGUGUGCAGAAGUAGUCUUCUCUGUCACUGGGCUUGAGUUUUCAUAUUCACAGGCCCCGUCUAACAUGAAGGCAGUGCUGCAGGCAGGAUGGCUGCUGACCGUGGCUGUUGGUAACAUAAUUGUCCUCAUUGUGGCUGAAGCAUCAGAAAUCAGUGAGCAGUGGGCAGAAUAUGUUCUGUUUGCUGCCUUGCUGUUGGCAGUUUGCAUCAUUUUUGCUAUCAUGGCUUAUUUUUAUACCUAUGUUGAUCCAAAUGAGAUUGAAGCCCAACUUGAUGAGGAAGAAAAGAAGCAAGCAAAAAAGAAUGAAGACUUCAAUGAAAAGCAAGUUGAAGCUGACUCUCACUUGUAA